GGAUUUAAUCUACAUAAAAGUCCUCCACUAUAAUUCUCUAUUGCAGCUAUUCAUAUAAAAUUUCCUAUACCUUUAAGAUGGCUGCGCUUACUGAUGAACAGAUUCGAGAGGCUUUUAAUCUCUUCGAUACUGAUGGAUCCGGGGCGAUCGAUGCGGAGGAGAUGGCAUUAGCCAUGAAAGGACUUGGAUUCGGCGAUCUUCCACGCGAUGAGGUGGAGCGUAUUGUUCGUUCCAUGAAAACCAAUGCCAACGGCCUUGUUGAGUACAGUGAGUUCGAAAAGAUGAUCAAAUCUCGCAUGGCGCCGAAGGACUCUCCGGAGGAAAUUUUUAAAGCAUUUCAGCUCUUUGAUCUAGACAAGAGGGGAAAGAUAUCGCUCGCCAAUCUCAAGGAGGUGGCGAAAAUGCUGGGGGAGAGCCCUGGAGAUGACGUUUUGCAAGAGAUGAUUGCCGAGGCGGACGAAGACGGCGAUGGUGAAGUCUCCUUUGAGGAGUUUAAGAAUGUUAUGACUCAAAUGAAAGGAAAAUAGUAUAGUGGCGACAUCCAAGCAACUAUAUAUACUGAUAAAAUUUUCUAACAAGGCCCGUCAGCGAUUGAACUAAAGCGGUUAGACAAUAUUUUUGAGUAAACAAUGGGUGGAGAGGGGUGAAGUCCGAUAUAUUUGAACAGAAAAGAAUAGAUUGGGGUGCUCGACCUAGAAUUGCUUCAAAACACUCACAAGCAAUCUGACCCACAUUAUUUGUUCUUGAUUUCGAAUUUCAGUAUAGAAAUAGUUUAUAUAUAUAUAUUUUAUUUGUAAGGCUCAAAUUGUGAUUCGCACUGCAUAAUGAUCCUUUGA